UUACAGUAUGGUCGUCUGGGGAAGAGCCCGGGGAAGGUGACAGCGCGGGGAGACUAUAAGUGCAUGGUUCUCUCGUCUGCCAUGCUUGCAGUCAAGCGCGUCGCUUUCAUACAUCGACACCUUCGACAAGAUGGUCAAAGGAGAAUCCGCGGACCCGAUCGUCACUCGCCUCGUCGAGGAGGACAAGGUGCCAUGGUACAGGAAACCUAACCUUCGGGUUAUGUACGUUUACCUGUUCCUGUGCUGCAUGGGUGUUGAGAUGACCUCUGGUUUCGACUCUCAACUCAUCAACACGCUCCAGUUCUCGCAACCUUUCAACCAUUACUUCGGCAACGGUUACAAGAACGCGAAGAACAAAUGGGCUAUCGAAGAUGGCCUCCUUGGUUUCAUCUCCUCGUGCUACCAACUCGGCUCCAUCCUCGCUGUCCCUAUCGCCCCGUGGUUCAAUCAGAAAUUCGGUCGACGAUGGUCUAUCAUGACGGGUUCGUUGAUCAUGUGUGUGGGAGCUAUCCUGCAAGGGUUCGCUCAGCAUGUUGGCAUGUACAUCAUUGCUCGUAUGCUGCUCGGUGUCGGAAUCGUCUUCUGCAUUAUUUCCGGAUCUGCCUUGAUCGGUGAACUUGGUCACCCCAAGGAGCGUGCUUUCCUGACCUCGCUUUUCAACGCGUCGUACUUCGUCGGUGCCAUCGUUGCGGCUGCCAUCGCCAUCAAGACCGUUGAGAUUGCUGGAGACUGGAGCUGGCGCCUGCCCUCUCUGCUACAGAUCUGCCCGUCUCUUCUCCAGAUUGGGACCGUAUUCCUGAUUCCUGAGAGCCCCCGUUGGCUCGUCAGCAAGGAUCGCGAUGACGAGGCUUUCGCUAUUCUCACCAAGUACCACGCCGAGGGCGAUGCCAGCUCCAUCCUUGUGCAAGCUGAGAUGGCUCAAAUUCGAUCCACCAUCAAGCUCGAGCUCGAGCACUCCAAGCAAUCCUGGAUGGACAUGCUCCGCACCGCCGGUAUGCGCCGCCGUGUGCUCAUUGCCUGCAUGAUGGGUCUUUUCACGCAGAUGAGCGGCAACACCCUGCUGUCCUACUACUCCAACCUUCUCUUCGAGAUGAUGGGCUACGAGAGCGACUACGCCAAGACUCGCAUCAACAUUGCCAACCAGUGCUGGUCCUUGAUCAACGGUGUCACCAUCGCACUUAUCGUUACCCGCUUCCGCCGUCGCUGGAUGUUCAUGCUUUCCGCGGGUAGCAUGUGCCUUGUUUUCAUCAGCAUGACCAUCUCGUUCCAUAGCCUCAGAGUUGCGAAGGACAGCGGUACCAAGAACGGCCAUGCGGCUAUUGCUGCGCUCUUCUUCUACUUCGCCUACUCGCCCUGCUACAACAUCGGAAACAACUCGCUCACAUACACCUACCUUGUCGAACUCUUCCCCUACGCCCAGCGUACCAUGGGUAUCGGUGUCGAGCAGAUCUUCGGCAAGCUCGGAGGUUUCUUUUCCACCAACGUCAACCCUCUGGCGCUCAACUCCAUCGGCUGGAAGUACCUCGCCAUCUACUGUGCCUGGAUUGCCUUCGAGUUCUUCACUGUCUACAUGCUCUACCCCGAGACGUACAACCGCACGCUCGAGGAGCUUGCCUUCCUGUUCGAGGACAAGGAGCUCGCCGAGAAGCAGGCCGCCGCCGUCGAGAAGCAGAUCCACGAGGGUGGCGAGCUCGGUGCCGUUGACGAGAAGCACAUUGCCACCCACAAUGAGCGCGCUAUCUAGGUGGGGGAUGUCGCUGGAGUUUUGCUGGAGCGAGAUUGGUUUAAUGU